AUGGAGGGGUUCUUCCUCCGCUGGAUGGUGAGAUUUGUCGCCAACCUACACAUCGUUUUGCGGGGAUUUCCCGUCCAGGUAUCUCACCGGCACGCUUUUAAGCUCCCGCCUUGUCUUCAGAAAUGUGAUGGAGUGGUGUGUGUGUGUGUGUGUGUGUGUGUAUGUGUGUUUGAAGAAGAGAUAAACUUCGCGCCUUCCUCCACACUCGAGGACAGAGCGACGAAUGGCUUCACAGUCGCACUGGUCCGUGCGCUCGAACGGAUCGUUGUGGAACGAAUCGCGUGGUCGUUGGCGAAGCGCGGCGGGACAACUCGUGGUGGCUCGUGUUCAUUCGUGUUGCCCGCCCGUGUGUUGCGGGCUGUGUUUUGCCGGAGUGGAUCGCGUCGCUGUGCGUCUCGAGUUCUCGUCGGGAAACCAAAAACGGGGCUUAUUUAUUGA